GGCACGCACGCUUUAAAAGAAACCGGCAGACAUUUCAAGUAUGUAGUGCAUUCACAUCUUCACGUGAAACUCCGUGUUUCGGAGUUAUUUUUUAUCGUCUUUUGUCGCGUUUCUUUUCAAUCUGAAACUAUGCACCGGAUUGUCUAAAGAGACUGUUUCAUCUGAAGAGCAGAAGACCUAUUUCACUUAUCUUAUAUAAAAUAAAACACAGACAAGACAAACUCUCAAAAUGAUGACCACAAGAGAACGAUGGAGAGUUUACAAGCGCAUUAGCCUGAUGUUCUUCCUGGCUAUAGUCACACUUACUGUGGUUCACAAAGGAAACAUCACCUCAUUACAAGACUUCCAGACAGACAGGAUCGAGAGGCAAACACGGAUGGAGCUCAUGGCGGAAGGCGAGCUGCAGAAAAGGGGCUUGGUUACUAUAAACUUCUGGAAGAGUAUGCAAAGACUGGAGUCCAACACAGAAGGUCCAAGAACAACCCAAAGGCAAAGGCCUACAACCUGGGACGUCACCGCCUCCAACUGCAGCAUCAACCUCAACUUCUCUUCAUCAGAUUGGUUCACAGGUCUCGAAGCCAACUUCAAGCAGUUUCUGGUCUACAGGCACUGCCGAUACUUUCCCAUCCUCAUGAAUCAUCCAGAGAAGUGCGCUGGAGACGUAGACUUGCUGAUGGUCAUCAAGUCAGUAAUAACACAGUAUGAUCGAAGGGAGGUCAUAAGGCAAACUUGGGGCAAAGAACAAGUGAUCAACGGAAAAAGAAUCAAAACCAUUUUCCUUCUCGGAGUGUCGUCCAACGAAGAAGAACGGGCGAACCAUCAGAAGCUUCUGGAAUAUGAGGAUUACAUUUACGGAGAUAUCCUGCAAUGGGACUUCAUGGAUAGCUUCUUCAAUCUUACCCUCAAGGAGAUCCACUUCCUAAAAUGGUUCUCCAUCUACUGCGGAAGCACCCGCUACAUCUUCAAAGGAGACGAUGAUGUGUUUGUCAGUGUUCCCAACAUCUUGGAGUAUCUGGAAGUCAGCAAAGACUUGAAGGACCUGUUUGUUGGCGACGUUCUCUUCAAAGCCAAGCCCAUUCGCAAAAAGCAUAACAAGUAUUACAUCCCUCAAGCCUUGUAUAAUAAGACGCUGUACCCACCGUAUGCCGGUGGAGGUGGUUUCCUGAUGGAUGGCCCUUUGGCACGGAAACUCUACGAUGCUUGCGAAACUCUGGAACUUUAUCCUAUCGAUGAUGUGUUUCUUGGAAUGUGUUUGGAGGUGCUUCAAGUAACUCCAAUAAAACACGAAGCUUUCAAAACGUUUGGGCUUGUGAAGAACAAAACCAGUCGACUGAACAGGGAGCCGUGUUUCUUUAAGAGCAUGAUAGUGGUUCAUAAAUUGCUUCCGCCGGAUCUAAUAAACAUGUGGAAACUGGUCAACAGUGACUUGAUCUGUUCGCAGAAAAUGGAAUUCUUAUAGUCUAAGGCGUUGCUACUGUUUCUAAAUCUGAAGGAUCUCAGAAUUCAAUCAUAAUUGAAGAAAACGAAAUGAAGGAUCUGCAGAGAGAACUUUGAGGUUACUCAAAGACAAAGUACUCCUUUUUUGAGGAGAUUUCUGGACAAUAUUUUAAUUUAAGUUAUGUAUCAAAUGACAUACUAUGUAAGUUGGAACGUCCAAACCUGUUGGACGUUCUUUCUUCUGUGGAACCCAAAAAUAUUUUGGUCCAUGCAAUGAAAGUCAAAGAGGUCUAAUAUUUUGGACUCCAUUUACAUUUAAUGUAUUAAAAAAAGACAUAAGGUGUGUGAAUGAUGGCAGAAUUUUUAUUUUUGAGUGAACAGUCACUUUAAGUCAUACAUCAAAAACAAAUAGAAGGAAACUAGUCUCUACCUCACCGCUUUUGUUUUAGUCUGCCCCUCUGUGGAUGAAUGUUACCUUAACAUGCUUUCAGAGUGCAUUCAAUAAAUAAGACCAUGUUAUUUUUGCUGCAAUGGUGUACUAAAAUUACAUUACAUAAUGUACAUAUAUUUUAAUGAUAGUUGUUCUUCAAGAGGUUAUAUCAUUUUUAAAGCUUGUUCUUUUCAGCUCUACACAUUGGCAUUGUUCGAUUUGCCCAUAGACUUGAGAUGCAUUUGGUAGAGGGUUUACUUUAAAACUGUGAAACAUCAAACUGUCUGGUACAUGUACGUUUUGUCUUAAUUUAUGAAAUACCUCCUUGAAUCAGAGGGGGCGGAUUCUGGUGUAUGAUAUUUAAUUGUACUUGAAGGUUACGCAAAACACUACAUGGUCUGAUUGUGUAAAAAAAUGACUAGAAUGAACAAACUAAGGUGAAAAUGGAUUGUUAUGUGUAAAUAAACAUUUAUUCAAAAAGAAAAA